AUGAGAAUACUGGACGAUGUGUAUGAUACCGACCAGGAUUUUGACAUGUGUCCGCAACGUACUGUCAACGGUUCCGAGGAUUGCUUGUACCUUGGCCUGUUCUCCCGACCUUGGGAUGUCCGCUCCUCCACAGCUGCGACGAAGCGGCCCGUUUUGGUGGUGUUUUACGGCGGUGGCUUCAUUCAAGGGGGUGCCUCCUUUACCUUACCGCCGUCGUCCUAUCCAGUCCUCAAUGCGAGUACCCUGAAUGACUAUGUAGUCAUCUAUUCCAACUACCGUGUGAACGCGUUCGGCUUUCUCCCGGGACGAGCGGUCAAGGAAUCACCCAUAUCAGAUCUCAACCCAGGGCUCCUUGAUCAGCAAUUCGUUCUGAAGUGGGUUCAGAGGUACAUUCAUCACUUCGGUGGUGAUCCUCACAACGUCACCAUCUGGGGACAAUCCGCCGGAGGAGGCUCAGUAGUCGCCCAGGUGCUAGCCAACGGCCGAGGCAGACAGCCAAAGCUCUUCUCCAAAGCUCUGGCGAGCUCACCGUUCUGGCCCAAAACCUAUGCCUACGAUGCCCCCGAAGCAGAGGCGAUAUAUGAACAUUUGACCAACCUGACCGGUUGUGCGAAUGCCACAGAAACCCUCGCCUGUCUCAAAGCAGUCGAUGUCCAGACCAUACGUGAUGCAAACCUAAUCAUCAGCGAAAGCCAGAAGUAUACAACAAGCACAUUCACCUGGGGCCCAGUCAUCGACGGCGAGUUCCUCUUCGACACUCUUACCGAAGCUGUGGCAAGCGACUCGCUCCAAACAGAACUCGUCUUCGGGAUGUACAACACCCACGAAGGCGAGAACUUCGUGCCGCCUGGCUUUCGUUCGCUGAACAUGACUAAUGGGUUAAAUUCUUCUAUUCCUAGCUUCCACCAAUGGCUGGUAGGGUUCUUGCCUCGACUGUCUUCUGAGGAAAUACGCCUUGUUGAGUCGAAGUAUUACCCUCCUGUAGGGAGGUCGGAGACUCUUGAUCUUUACAAUUCCACGUAUGUGCGUGCAGGCCUCAUCUACAGGGAUGUUGUUCUCGCUUGUCCAGCGUAUUGGAUAGCAUCGGCUGCCAGAACUGCUGGAUAUGCGGGUGAAUAUACUAUCUCGCCUGCGCAGCAUGCAAGUGAUACCAUCUAUUGGAAUCAAGUCAACUCAAUCCAACAGACGGAUGAAUUAAUAUACCAAGGCUACGCCGGUGCCUUUGCCAGUUUCUUUCAGACGGGGGAUCCUAACGCGCAUAAGUUGACUAAUUCUUCGCAGCCAGGGGUGCCGAUGCUCCAGAGUACUGGCGAUGAAUUCGUUGUAACUGACACUGGAUUCGAAACUGCAGAGCUGGUGCUGUUGAAGGAGAGGUGCGACUUUUGGAAGUCAAUUGGAGAAAGGGUCCCGGUAUAG